ACGGCGAUUUCUCUCCGCGACCGGUCGACCACAAUUUCAAGCAACGCAAAAAUGAUUACAAAACCUAUUAGAGAUCUGUAACCAGUUAGCUCUUACCUCAAGUGAUCAGGCAUUCUCAAUAGCCGCUUCACGCUUUGGCAGAAAAGACUCCCUUCUUGCGGGGUACUGAGCGAAGACGGAAAUUCAAACAAUCACUGAGCUGCGGAGGCACGGUCGAACACUACGAGGAAUACAUCGUUCUUGCCGCAUCGCUUGGCAGCAGCACUACUUUGUAAUGAGCCUCCGCUUUAUUACCGGUAGCUGACAGGUCUGACCUCCGAGGCAAGAUUCGGUGGUGAUGGCGGAUUGGGUGCAUUGCAAUACUUGCUUCAGGCAGCCGAAAUCAAGCUUAGCGUUCAGCCUUACAAACUGUGGACAUCUGUUCUGCUCAGAAUGUCUCUCAGCAAUGAAAGGAAAAUGUAAGAUGUGCGGAAGUUCCUUCAUGGCUAUUCCGAUCACAUCUCAAAUGAAGCCGGAUGUGCAGAUUUUUUUCACCGAUCCGGCUGAACUGGAGAGGAAGCACAACAAAACCUUGCUGCAGGUCAUUGAUUUCCAAAAGACCCACAGGCAGAGGUUUAUUGCUCACCUUCAGAAACAGCAACAAGCACCUGGGAUGAGCGCUCUCCAGAAUCAAUUCAAACAGCUGAAAACGGAAGCAGAGAAGCGAAUCACAAGCCUGAUGCAGGAGAAUGCUCAGCUGAAGCAGAUGCUGGAGGGCAGAAUGGGUGGAAGUGCAAAUCUUCCCAUGACACCGCACACUCCCAAAUCGCCACACUAUCGCCUAUCAUCCAGAACACCAUCCCCUCACAGUGCAGCUAGCACUGUUUCAACACAACGCAGCAUGAAUCCAGGUAUGAAGACGCCGGGUGGACCACCAAGGCUUUCUGUCAGAACUCCCCCAUCAAAUGGACGCAUAGGACCAGUUGCUGGAAGAACAAUGGGCGGUGAGCCCGGGAGAACACCAUCUGUUAUUUCAAACUUGACAACGGGCAAAACACCGGACAUCCAGAAGGCCAUACCAAUGGACUUGACGUCUCCAACAUCCGGACGUGCUCAUCCUGCACCAGCAGGCGCUACAAGUCGCAGAGAAGGAGCUGGCAAUCGUUCAACGUCGCCAGCGCGGUGGGAUCCUGAUGGCCGCCAGAUCCAUUUACACUAUCAGCCCAAGUCAGCAGUCUGGCAGAAAAAAGCAGGUGUGUACACAUCACCAAAGUCAUGACGUUUACUCAUAUUUACAUUUAUUUUAUCGUUGUCU